UUUAACUGAAGUUAAAAUUCACCCAAAGCGUAAAAUUUCAGAAUUAGAUGACAUUACCAAUAGUAAAUAUAAUUCAAAUGAACCUCGUCCAAAUAAAAAAAUGGCCAGUGUUAAUGUCAUUAAAGAUAUCUAUUUAAAAGAAGAUUACCAAUCUUAUAAAAAAUCAUCUCACGUUGAAAUUCAACAACGAUCUCCUUCUCCUUCAGAUCAUUCAACCUCUUCCUCUCCUCCAAAACAUAGACAAAGAACAAAAUCAGUUUCUUUUGAAUUAUCUCAUAAUAAACAUUAUGAAAAUUCCCCUUUACUUACUCCAAAAGAUGAUGAUGAUGAUGAUGAUGAUAUUAUAAACCUUCCUAAUGAUAAUGACUUGAUAAAUUCUAAUGAUACAACUAAUACUUCUAAUGAUUGUAAUCCUCCUCCUCCCUUUUCAACUUCUCCUUCUCCCGGUACUUCUAUCUGUGGUAAUGAAAUAUCAUAUGGAAAUAAAAUAUCAAAUCAAAAUAUAUCCGAUUUAAAUCAAAAUCCCGAUUAUUGCUCACUUACAUCUUCCCUUAAUCUACUUGAAAAUAAUAAAUUACAAAUUGAAAAUGAAAUUAUUCAAUUAUCAAAUCUUUCAAACAAAACCAAAUUAAAUAAUUCUAAUAUUGAUGAAAAAGAAAUGUUGAUUAAUUUUUAUAUGAAGUUAAUUAAUAAUGAAACAAAUUUACCAAAACAACAUCAAAUAUUGAAAAGUCCAAUUAUUAAUUGGUCAAAAUAUCAUUCAGGUUUAAAAAAUGUUAAUCUCGAUGAUUCAAAUAUUAAAAAUAUUAAAAAUUUAAAAAAUAAUUCUUCAAAUUCAAAUACUUUGUUUAAAACUUUAAAUGUAUUUGGUAAUACAAAUAAACGGGCUGAUCAAUUAUCUCCACCUCCUGGUGUUGGUGGAAGAAGUAUUGGAUCUAAAACUACCGGGAAAUCUUGUGGUAAAUAAUUUUUAAUUUCCUUUUAGUUUAACAGAUUAUGAUUUCUUUCUUUUAUCUUUUUUUUUUCCUUCUUAUUUUUCUUUCGUUCUCUUUUAUAUUUUGUUCCUUUAUAGUUGCUUGUUUUCCGUUCUUUCCAUUUUAGUUUAAUAUCAUACAUACAUUUAUAUAGUUUUAAAUCAAUUUUAC